AUGUCGAGCUUGUGCACUGUGCCUGGAAUGAGAUUGACCUCGCUGAGUGAUAAGGCGAAGCAGUCAGCGAAUUCAGCGAUGAGUGACUUGACUUCCUUGCGUUGGUCUGCUGUGAUGUCGUCACCUAUCUGCACAAGCUCCAAUAUCUUCUCUACACAGGCUUGUAGGAAGGGCUCAGUCUGGCGUGUGAAGAUCGUGUCUUCUGGCUGGACAUCUGAUGCAUUGGCAACUGGUAACACAAGGCAUGGCGUGUCAGCUGGGGUGGUCUUAUGUUGA